GGCGACCAGGAGGAGGAGGAGGAAGCGGCGGCGGGACGCGCGCGCGCGGGGCUGGGAUGCGGAGCGGGAGAAAGAAUGAAAGGAAGGAAAUAUGUAAGAAUGUUGAACGUCAUAGGGCUGUAUAAUGGAAAGAAAUACUACGGAGGACCUCUGUACUAGAUCACUUGGAUGGCUUCAGCGGCAAGAUAAGGAUGCUAAACCAUGGCUCUGGAAAUUCUCUAAUUGUUUUUUGGCUGCAGAACAAAAUUUGCCUUCCAUUGCAAAGACGAAUGAGCCCAUGGAGAACAAGAAAGGUCCUGCGGAGUUGAAGGAUGCCUCACCUCCUCACCACUCUGGUUCCACACAGUUAGCAGCUAUCCCCCUUCCCGACGUUCACUCGCUUCAGCAAAAGCAAAUGCAACUUUCAUCUGGUUCCAAAGUAAGCUGUUGUGCUCGUGGCUCUGAUGCCGCUCCUCAGCUCCAUAGUGGUGGCGGCGCUUUGAUUCACGCUGGUGCGGUGUUGGACUCACAAGGCACUGGGACAGUCACUUGUCAAGUAGGGUCAGGGCUUGCUUAUCCGUCUCUGUCCUCACUCAAGACUGUUCCAGUUAGGAGCGGCCUGGCAGGCAUUGCAAGCGACUUGUCCGGAGUCUGCCUAGAAAAUAACAUCUCUUCCUGUCCGCACUUCCCCUACUGCGGGAAAAUCCACUUUCAGUCCUGUCAUGGUAAUGUGCAUACACGGCAUCAGUUUCCUGCCCAUCAAAGCUACACAUCUUCAGGUUACUGUUCUUGCUCUGAAUUCACAAGUGGGGCUACAGGGCUUCUGGAAGAACACAUUGCACAAUCGGAACACGCUUCUUGUGUUUGCACCACCUCACUGCAGCUAAAAGUGCCACCUUCUGUAUGUUUAAAGGGCUCUCACUACUGCAGUGAGUGUUUGAGCAAGCCAUCCAGGGAGAGUUUGGUGGAUGCAGCUAAAAUCUGGCCCAAUAUUCCACCUCCAAAUGCUCAGGCGCCAUCUGUGUCCGUCCCACUGUGUAAUGGCUGCGGAACCAAAGGGACAAGGAAAGAGAAGAGCUUACUACUGGCAAGCAGCUUUGGACAGUUGCCACAGAAAUAUGGACCUCCAGAAGUCGCCCUGGCUAGCCAAGUGCUAGAGAACCUGCCUCCAAUUGGAGUUUUUUGGGACAUUGAAAACUGCUCUGUUCCAUCAGGCCGUUCAGCUGUGGCAGUUGUACAGCGAAUCCGUGAAAAGUUUUUUAAAGGCCACCGGGAGGCAGAAUUCAUUUGUGUGUGUGACAUCAGUAAAGAGAACAAAGAAGUUAUUGAGGAGCUGAACAACUGCCAGGUGACGGUUGCACACAUCAACGCCACAGCAAAGAAUGCAGCUGAUGACAAACUCCGACAGAGUCUUAGAAGAUUUGCCGAUACACAUGCUGCACCCGCCACCGUGGUCCUUGUUUCCACUGAUGUGAACUUUGCACUAGAGCUCAGCGACCUGAGACACCGCCAUGGUUUCCACAUCAUACUGGUGCAUAAAAACCAGGCUUCUGAAGCCCUCCUGCAUCAUGCGCAUGAGCUGAUCAGAUUUGAAGAAUUUAUUUCAGAUUUGCCUCCACGAUUACCACUCAAAAAACCAGCAUGCCAUACACUGUUAUAUGUUUACAACUUGCCAACAAACCGGGAUACCAAAAGCGUCUGUUAUAGGCUCCGGCGUUUGUCAGACAACUGCGGAGGCAAAGUACUGACCAUUUCUGGCAGCAGUGCCAUCCUCCGCUUCUUAAAUCAAGACAGUGCCGAGCGUGCUCAGAAGCGAAUGGAGAACGAAGAUGUCUUCGGCAACAGGAUUGUCGUGUCAUUCGCCCCCCAAAACAAAGAACUUGCUGAAACCAAGAGCACGGCCUCAGUUGGAGCUGAAAAAGUGAAGUCUCCCAAAAAAGUGAAUAAGAAUGCAAAGCUGUGCCUCACAAACAGAGAGUCGACUGACCAGUCUUCCAACUCUAAAGGCCUUUCAGGGAAAGGCCUUCAAACGCAUGGGUCGGCUACAAAGAGCACAAGCAUCAAGAGCCUACAGGAGCUGUGUCGUAUUGAGUCGGCACUCAGUCCCAAGAUUGUAAGAAAUCCUGAAAGCCAGCAAGAUCAGUCAAGAGAGAGCAUCCCUUCACUUAGUAACUCUAAUACGGCACAUUCAGCACCUACAAAGACUGGAACAGGAGAAUCGGUUUAUAAAAACAGUCAAAAAAAGGACUCAUUUACAGCCAGAAGCGUCAGCAACUCUCCUGUAGAAAGAAAAGAGACGGAUGAUGUAUUCCAAGUCAGUUACCCAUCUGCUUUCAGUAUGCUGACAGCAUCAAGACAGCUCAGUCCUUUACUGAUGUCUCAGAGCUGCUGGUCAUCAAGGAGUGUGUCUCCAAACCUCUCAAAUAGAUCAUCACCUCUUACUUUCAAUAUCAUAAACCAGGCUGGUAAUAGUGAAGGUUCUGAUCCUUUUGCAAAUGGAACUGAUAUUCAGGUCAGCAAUUUGGACUACCGGCUGUCCAGAAAAGAGCUGCAACAGAUUUUGCAAGAAACAUUCUCUAGGCAUGGCAAGGUAAAAACUGUAGAACUCAGUCCGCACACCGAUUAUCAGCUAAAGGCUAUGGUUCAGAUGGAGAAUCUCCAAGAAGCCAUCAGCGCCGUCAACAGUCUCCACAGAUGCAAAAUUGGCAGCAAAAGGAUCCAGGUCUCGCUAGCUACAGGAACGGCCAAUAAAUCUCUGUCCUUAGUUAGUUCAGAAGCAAUAUCUAUUCUUCAAGAUGCUCCAGCUUGUUGUCUGCCUCUCUUCAAAUUCACAGCGAUCUAUGAAAAAAAGUUUGGACACAAGCUGAAUGUAUCGGACUUAUAUAAAUUAACAGACGUGGUAGUAAUCCGUGACCAAAGCAACGGGCGACUCGUCUGUCUUCUACCUAGUAGUCAAGCCAGGCAGAGUCCUUUGGGAUCUUCACAGUCUCAUGAUGGCUCCUCAGCUAACUGCAGUCCUAUCAUAUUCGAAGAGCUGGAAUAUCACGAACCCAUUUGUAAACAGCACUGCAUAAAUAAAGACUUCAGUGAGCAUGAAUUUGAUCCAGACUCCUACAAAGUUCCUUUCGUGAUUCUGUCCCUGAAGAACUUUGCACCUCAAGUUCAUAGUUUAUUGCAAACCCAUGAGGGGACAGUGCCUUUACUGAGCUUUCCUGACUGCUACGCUUCAGAGUUCAACAAUCUAGAAAUGGUGCAGGAAGGGCAGGGAGGUGUGCCUUUGGAGCACCUUAUAACCUGCGUUCCUGGUGUUAACAUCGCCACCGCACAGAAUGGCAUUAAAGUUGUGAAGUGGAUACACAACAAGCCACCGCCACCGACAGCAGAUCCUUGGCUGCUGCGUUCUAAGAGUCCUGUGGGUAACCCACAACUCAUCCAGUUCAGCAGAGAAGUGAUCGAUCUUCUGAAAAACCAGCCCUCAUGCAUCAUGCCUGUCAGCAAAUUCAUCCCAAUGUACCAUCAUCAUUUUGCAAAGCAGUGUCGUGUGACUGAUUAUGGGUACUCCAAGUUAAUGGAGUUGCUAGAAGCUGUGCCUCAUGUGUUGCAAAUUCUUGGUAUAGGCACCAAGCGUCUGUUAACUUUAACACACAGGGCCCAAGUGAAGCGAUUCACCCAGGACUUACUGAAACUUCUCAAGUCCCAAGCCAGUAAACAGGUUGUUGUGAGAGAGUUUCUUCAGGCUUAUCAUUGGUGUUUCUCAAAAGACUGGGAUGUUACUGAAUAUGGAGUAUGUGAGUUAGUUGAUCUAAUAUCAGAAAUUCCAGAUAAAACAAUCUGUCUGUCCCAACAGGAUAACGAAAUGAUCAUCUGUAUCCCCAAAAGAGAACGUACCAAGGAGGAAAUCGAGAGAACAAAACAGUUUUCAAAGGAAGUAGUUGACCUGCUGCGCCAUCAACCCUAUUUCCGCAUGCCUUUUGAUAAAUUUAUCCCUUCUUACCACCAUCACUUUGGUCGCCAAUGCAAACUUGCCUAUUACGGAUUUACCAAGCUACUUGAACUCUUUGAAGCCAUACCAGAUGUCUUACAAGUAUUAGAAUGCGGAGAAGAGAAAAUUCUCACUCUAACAGACGCAGAACAGGUGAAAGCUUUGGCAGCCCAGUUUGUUAAAUUGCUCCGCGCUCAGAAAGACAAAUGCCUUAUGAUGGCAGAUAUGCUCACCGAGUACGCAAAAACAUUUGGUUACUCAUUGCGCCUCCAAGACUACAACGUCAGCUCUGUUCCAGCUCUAAUGCAAAAACUUUGUCAUGUCGUAAAGGUGGUUGACUUGGAAUCCGGUAAACAGAUCCAGCUUAUAAAUAAAAAGUCUCUCCGGAACUUGACUGCUCAGCUUCUGGUGUUGCUGAUGACUUGGGAUGAAACCUCCUCCAUCUCUGUUGAGCACCUUAAAAGGCAUUAUGAAACGACCCACAAUAUUCCCCUCAAUCCAUGUGAAUAUGGCUUCAUGACCUUUACGGACCUUCUGAUGAGUGUGCCUUACUUCGUUGAGGUCUUAACCAACAAUGAGGUGGAAUAUGUCAAGCUUACUGACCUGUAUGUGUUCGCCAAGAAAGUGAGGUGUUUGCUUCACACUUACCAUUAUCAGCAAAUCUUUCUUCAUGAAUUCUCAACAGCAUACACAAAAUACACAGGAGAGGUGUUGCAUCCCAAAACAUAUGGCUACAAUAAUCUUGAGGAACUCUUGGGGGCAAUCCCACCGGUAGUCUGGAUAAAAGGUCAUGGGCACAAGAGAAUCGUUGUCCUUAAGAAUGAUAUGAAAACUCGUUUUAACUCACCUGGUCUUCCCGUUGCUGAUGAUGAGAACCAAGGAAGCCAACUUGCUGACCAUGAUGGGCAAGUCACAGAUGUGCCAAGUUCGAGCAAAUCUUUAGAAUUAAAAGUAGAAGCACCAAAUAAAGUUUCGAAUCGUACUGAACAAGAGCUUCUUUGCCUCACAAACACAUCUCCCAUUGAUCUAUUGUGUGAGCCGGUCCCUUCCUGCCUCCCCUCCCCACAGCUGAGGCCGGAUCCUGUCAUUCUUGAAUCGGUAGACCUCAUUCAAUUUGAAGAACGUCCAUCGAACCUGUCUGAGAUGGCGAUUUUAACAGAAGAUGAAGAGAAGGCUGUUGGUCCUUCGGAGGUUAAAGGAGAAAUAAGCCACGUCCUCCCAGCACCUAAUGCUGCAGAAAUUCCAUCAGCACCUCCCUGCCCACUGGCCGAAUCUCAUUCAAGCAAAGAAGUCAUGGACAGCCCAGCCAAAAAGCAGCAUAAAAACAGAGUAAAGUUGGCAGCAAAUUUCUCUCUCGCCCCUGUAACCAAGCUUUAAAUCUGUUGUAUUCUGAAAGGGAAAACACAUUGUUUAGAUUGCACAGGAAAUGAUGCUAUAUUGACUCCCGUUAAUAUUUUUAAUCGUAAAUCUGGAGGGUUGCUUGUGUUCACUUUGUAGCUAUUACCUUUUGGUGAGGAUUUGAUUCAUUUGCACUAAAUUCAGCUGGGCAGGUUUUUUUAUUUGAACAUCAAGAAUUUAUUAAUGUUUUGCCAUUCUUCUUUCAUUCUGCCAGCAAAAAACGAAAGUUUUGACUUGGGGAAGAAUGGACUUCAAGUUUCUGACACUUCAUCAGUGAUAUAAUCCUGCAUCUGGCAUCCUCUAAGGCUGUUUCUGAUUUAACGUUUCUUUCCAGACAGUAUUAAUCCAGUGCACAAUCAGUUUUGCAAAAAGCCAGUCAGAUUUUUUUUUUAAAUCACUGUUAAGAGUAGAAUAAAACCUGCAGUGGGGCCUUUGGGGUUGAAUCUAUUAGGGCGAAACUUGCAAUAUUUCCAGUGACUCAUAAUUGACUCUUGUUGGAAGGUGACUGUGGGAGAUUAUGUUGGUUUAUUGCAGAGAAAAAUCCCCCCACCCACCCACCCCCCACCCUGCUUUUUAAAAUGCCUUCAGUAACAUGCUCUGGUUCUGUUAAGGAAUUUUGUAGGAAGUUGAGGAUAUUUUAAGCUUCCCUUUUAUGAGUUCUCUGGAUUGAUGUUGAUCUGAUGGGUUAAGAGAGAGAGUGAGUGAGACUUGGUGUUGUACAUUCUGAAGAUGCUGCUUGUUGCAUCUAUUGAUAAGAUAACUGGGGAGUGUUUUGAUAAUAUUUCAAAAAUAUGCAUUAAAUGCAUAAAUUACAAAUUGCAACAAGGAGGAUGGAAGGAGCUUUUUAAGAUUUGAAGGGUAGCGAUGCUACUUCCACAUGCACAGAGAUGUGAGCCGUACGUGGAAACGCCAAGGUUAUGAUGCCUAACCUUGUUUUUUUCUAGUUUUUUAACAUAUAGUGAAUGGGAAGCUUAAUUUGAGUUGCUAUGUUUUUUAACUGUGUCUGGGUUUUUAUUCUAAAGUUUGCUUCUAGUGUUGCUUCUUUUUUCUUUAUAGUGGUGGUGUUGUUGGCUUUUAGAAAGGUCAGCCUUUGUAGAAAGAGGCAAGUCAGUGGAGUCCUUUUACCUUCUUCUUACUUAGAGAGAGAGCUAAAACGUCUUCUGACCAAAGCUUUUUAUACCCACGUUGGGUAAACUUGGCAUUUACAAUGGGUUGUAUUUGCCAGGCAAGGAUUCUUGUUGCUUGUAAACCAGAAAGAACCUCUACCAAAGGUUUCCACUGGCUGAAAGGGUUUUUUGUAAGGGAAGGUAAUAAUUAUAUUUUGUAAUGUAAUGUAUAAGAAAGAUGCAAAGUGGGCUUGGAUUUCAUAGCCAGCAACUGAAAAAAAAUGCCACUCAAAUGGCUAUAGACAGCUUUUUAACAAAAAUAGGGUAUUGUUAAAAAAAGAAGAAACAAACUUUUUUUAAAAAGCCGAGUAUUAACAAUACUGGAUGUUUAUAGCCAUUAUGAAUGUAAAAGAAACACUGGAAGCAUUUUUCUUUUCCUAAGAUCAUGGCAAGGCACAGUGUGUUUCAGGUCCUUACAUUUCCUCGGUAGGGAAGGAGUUUAUAGGAACAGAUGCUUUUUUAGAAUUUCUUUUAACCAUUUAAUUGUAACAUCUUUCCACCACCUUUUACAGGCCACAUGAAACAAAUGACCUCAUCAACUUGGGGGGGGGGGUUGUCAUGUGCGCAGAGACAGUCAUUGCUUUGAGUCACCUAAAACACUUUAUUAGACCCAACUUUUGGUGAAAGGAUUAAUAAUGCUGUUGAAUACAGAUUUAUGCUAUCUGUAGAGGAUGAAAACUUCCUGGAUUCAUGUGUAAUUCCGAUCUGAAUCACUCAUUUGAAUGUUGUAGGAUUUUGUUUUUCAUAGUGUCAGACCAGUGAAUUCAGUUGACGUCUUGCUGGAAUAAUGGACUUAACUGAUCUGGGAGCGGGGGGUGGAAUUAAGAAAAUGAAAUUCUUUAAUUUACAGUGUACUGAUUUUGAUUCUUGAAAUCACUGAAGCCCUUGACUUAUGCACACACACAUAUGCACACUGGGUGGAAUAGGAUAGGAGAAAACGUCCAUCUUCCACCUUGAUUUUCUACUUUUAUUUGGACAACUUUCUUGUGUUUCUAGUGCUGUUUUGUGUGUUGGGACCAACCAGUUAUCAAUAAAACUUUCAAGCAAGCA